ACAAGUGUUCAUAUUCAUAUAAUAAUAACAAUAAUAAUAAUAAUAAUAUUCAUAUAUUUUGUUACAUAAUCAGAAAGAAACAAAUUGGUUCAAGCAGUCUGAUUUAAAGAGUUGGAAUAUUGUCAAAAGGCAUCCUCUAUAAGUAUACAUUUGUCAAGUGAUUUAUUUGAAUGAAAAUACUUUUGCAUAUUUAAUAUGUAUUUGAGCUACAUUUGUUUUGUGUGUUUUAAUAAUUAUUUUGAAAGUGAUUAUAUAAGAUAAUCUGUUGUUGUUUAUAGUCCUAAAAACACCAAAACAAACAUACUAAUGGGAGCACUGGUGGAACAUGUAUUAUACUGUGAUCCAGCGGUGAUCACAGAGACAGACUCAGUCACACUGAACUGUCAGACUCCAUCAUAUGUGUCUCAGUGUCAGUACUUCACUUUAAGUGGAAGAACUGUGAGGACAUUUUCCUGUCUGCAGACACUGACAGGAAGUGAACUGCUGAAGAUGGAUCAUCAGAGUUCACCUGCUGAGGUCAAAGUGAAAUGUUUUUACACUGUUCAGAGUGGAGACAGAAAUGCUCGAUCUCCAGAAAGUGAAUAUUCCUCUGUCUCUGUUCAAAGUGAGACAAACUCAAACAAGGAGAGUGUCAGCACUUUGACAACCUCAGUUUCUAUUGUAACUUCACCUGCUGAUCAAGGUCCGACUGUAAGUCCUCCGGAUACUAAAGAAUUGUGGAAUUGGACGUUUGUCUGGGUUUUCGCUGGUUGUGGAUCUACUGUGGUCAUCACAGUGAUUGUUAAUGUUAUUCUUUGGAAGACAAGAAGAGCUUGUAUUGUAGAGAAAGAGUCCAGAAGGACUCAGAGAAUGCCAUCACUCAUCAAAACCACAGGUAUGACAUUGUAUUUAUUCAAGAUCCCUUUUACAAACAAGUAUUAACAGCAGGAGCAACUUGGGGUUAAGUGUCUUGCCCAAGGACAGAUUGGACGUGUGGCUGCAGGAGCUGGGGAUCAA